UACUUUUCGGAAUAUUGUGCCACAGAACAUAGCAGGCUGUUGAAUGUUUGGCGGGAUAUCGUAUCAUUUAAAAGGCAGUUCACUGAAAUACAAGUUGCAACAGAGAGAGAUUUAGUGAAACUACGAAAUGACAUUGUAUCCAGUAAUAGGGAACUGGUGGGCACUUGUUCAUCUAUAGUCACAUCAACACGUCUCUCUGCUGUCAGUGGGGAAAAACAGCAACAACAUCUGACGGUGGAAAAUUCUGAAUUGAGGUCAAAAUUAACUUCGAUUCGUUCAGAAAAUGAAGCCCUAAUGAACGAAUUAAAAGUAAAAGAAGAAAGAGUUCAGCAACUUCUGCGGGAAAUGAGCUCGCUCGAGGAGCGGUGCUCUGAAAAUGAAGUCAAUGCUCGACUAGUGACAAAACUACAAGAAGAGGUUGGUGUUUUGCAUGGUGCACUCAGAGACAUCGCUCACACAGUCAUUCAGGAUGCUGAAAACGCCACAGAGGCAUCCCAUUUCCAUUUGUCGCCUGGUCCUGCCAUCCCUCCCCGGUCGCCUAAGAGGGGAGUGGGAGCCGUACGAACGCCAAAUUCGCCUGCUUUUGCUGAAAGCACAAUUUCUGCUGUGCAAGCACUUCUCCACAAAUACCAGCUUCAACUUCACGAACUUAAAGUGAAAUUGGAUAGUCAACAAGAACAGUUAUCGUCAACCAAACGAGCCGCAGAAAGCAGUGAAGAAGCAACUCAGCAAUUGAAGAACCGGAUUUCUGAACUCACAACAAGACUUGAUCAAGCUCGGGCUAAUAAUGCCCAAUUGAACCAUGAGAAAGAGAUGCUAUGCAAAUCACUUGAUUCCGCCCGGACGGAGAAAACCGCCCUGGAUAAGAAUAGGAUGGAAUUAAAUGCAAUGUUAGAAGCAUUGAAUGCUGACUACGAGAAAGUACAAAAAGCAAAUUCUAGGCUCCAAAAAGUAACUGAUAGUUUAGAGGAUGAAAAAAAUUAUCUACAAACUGAAGUGGAUCGUCUAACAAAAGAAUUGGCUCACAGAGAAUUGAGUUUAAGACAAGAAGAAGAAAGGGGAAGUCAGGCGCGAGAAGAACUCAUAAUGGCUCGAGAGGAACUUAGUAAAUUACAGUUGUCUUCUGAAUUAUUAGAACAACAUAAAGCAGAAGCAGAAACAUUAUUUGCACAAGCAGAAAAAAGCAAAGGUGAAGUAGAAUUAGAACUGGAGCGAGUUUUGUUAGAACGAACUGAUGUCCACGAAUCCUACUCAAAACUAGAACUUGUAAUCACGACUCUUGAAAACGAUAAACAGAGGCUGAUUGAGAAAAUCAAAAUGUUAGAGGAAGAUAAUGGAGCAUUACAGUCUCAAUUGUCUGAUUCCAACAAUGAUCUUAGCUCCUUGCGUAAAGAACUUCUGUCUGCAGAGCAAACAAAAUUAGACUUGGAGUCCGAAAAAACAUCUCUCCACGAAAAAUGCAAGUUUUUGGAAAUAGAAAAAGACAAAGUUGAACUUGAACUCAAUGGAGUGAUCAGGGAGAGAAGUGAUCUCAGCAAUCAGCUAUCAUUGCUUCAAAGAAAAAAAGAAGCCUUGAAUGAAGAAGUAGGUAGAAUUCGACAACGCCUGGAACAAUCGAAUGAAACUAACGCAAGAAUAAACAGGAACUUAGAAGAUCUAAUUAAGGACUGUGAAGAGAAGCAGGUCAUGUUAGAGUCAAAUGAGAAGGAUUUGCAAAGAGUACAAGAGCAACUGGCUGCAGUGCGAAGUGAGAAAGAAGCCUUAGAGUCAAUACUUUUCUCCACGCAAACUAAUCUGGAAGCUAGUGAUAAAAAAUGCUCCAACUUAGAGAGAGAAAUUCAAGAUUUAAAUGUUAAGCAG